AUGAACCGUAAUAUUUGUUUCAAAAGUCUAUAUGAAACUUGUCACUGUCCACUGAAUACUCAUCUUGUGGAACAUCUUCCAGUAAUUGACUCACAUUGUCAUGUUGAUUUAUUUGCUUCUGAUCGUUCUUUUUUUUCAUCACUUUCAAAAUCAAGCAUUCGUCGUAUAUUUAUGAUUAACAAUAAACAUAAUUAUACCACAUGGAACACAACUUUUGAUAUCUCAUAUCAAAAUUGUGGUGUUUUCGAAUGCUUCGGUAUACAUCCGAAAAUUCUACCCGAAGAUUAUGAAUUUGUAUUUCGUCUCAAUCAACUUGAAAAUAUUUUAAAAGUAAAAAACAACUAUCUUUCCGGUUCUCCAGUUGUUGGUGUAGGUGAGACUGGUCUGGACGAAACCAGCCGAUUUGACAUGCAUAGUCAAAAACUAAUAUUUGCACAGCAAGUACGAAUAGCAAAGGACUACCAGCUACCACUUAUUUUACAUUGCCGAGGCAAAGAAUAUUUUCGUCCUAUGCUUGACUGUCUACUAUCGAUCCUACCUUCAUCACAUUAUAUACAAUGGCAUUGCGUCAAAGCCGAUUCAGACUUAGAAGUUAUUGAUUAUUAUUUAAAAAAAUUUCCUAAUUCAUUUAUAUCAUUAAAUCGAAGUAGUACGUUAGUACAAGAUAUUGAUCUAGACAAAAGAUUUAAAAAAUGGUUACGAAACUAUCCUUUACUAUUUAAUCGAUUAGUUCUCGAGACAGACUGUCCAUGGCUAUGUCCAAAAGACUUAUCGAAAGAAGAUUAUAAUCCUGCCACCGGUAUAUUUAUUACCUCGAAAUGGAUUGAGAACGUUAUAAGAUGCUCAGGAAAAAAUGCCAGCAAAAUUAUUGAAAUUGCAAAUGACAAUGCAAAACGACUUUUUAAACUCAACAUCUAA